AGGCAAGGCACGACGACCCAAGCCUUAGUUAGCGGAUAGAAGGAAGGAGGAACUCGAUUUCGAAUUUAUCGGCAAUGUCUUGUUUUUCUUUUAUUUGGUAGACGAGGAUGGUAUAGGAGACUUGCACUGCAGUAGAACAGAUUCCUGUACAACUGUAGCACAGCCUGCAUCGGUUGACAAAUUUCAGAGCAUUGCCAUUGGCAUCCUCGUAAAGCGAUGUUGACUCCGUAUUGAUUAAUAUGUUAUCAAGUAUGUUCUAGUAGAUCAUAAAGUUAAAAAGAAUAAUUUUUAUCCCCCCUUCAUGUUCAUCUACUUUCUAUCCCUUCUUGUUUUUCCAAUCCACUACCACUUCCUCCACCUACAGCGUACUAUUGGUAUUCACUCUCGUAGAAAACAUGCCCUCCUUCGCGGUCACAUCAUCAAGUCCGAUCAAGGACUACAAAACUGGCAGUGAACGGCCUCCUGGAAUAGAGGACCACGCUUCAAGAAAACAAUCAUGGGAGGGGGGAACCAAAAAAGCAGAUCCAGCAGCACCUUCUUUUAAGACCUCCAGCAAGAUCGAGAUCAACGGUUCCUUAACACCAUUUAGUGCCGCUACUUAUAGAUUAUAGCAGAGUAGUUUAUAGCGCGCAUGGUGCACGGAGUAGCAUGGAGUGCAUGGAGCGCAGAGCUUUAAGGGGCGCAAGAAGCUCCCCCUUUAGCUCCAUGCUACUCCAUGUGGUCCAUGCACUCCAUGCCAUGCGAGCUGUGAAACCUUAUGAAUUGCUCUGAUAUAGAUUAUAAUCAUUUUGACUAAUAUUUCGAGUUUUGAAAUUGAAAAAAAAGCCAAGGAGGAGCUCGCUGAGGUCAGGAUGGAAAAAAUGCGGUACCUCUAGCUCUAAUACUAAUUCAUCUUGCUCAAGUGCCGCAACUCCAUCGGGAGGUUUAGUGUGGUCCUCGAAUGCAGCAGAAUGGAUGCCAUGUCGAGUCGUACAAAACUCAGAUGCUGGGAUGCUAGUGCGCUACGCGGUUACGGCGAAUGGUGGCGCAGAAUCAUGGUAAGUAAGUACUUUUUAUAAUUUGGGCCACAUCUACUUCAAGUACAAUAGGCGGGUUACUUAGUAGUUUCUCUUCCUUGUAUUUUGGUCCAAAAUUUUCCUUUUCGUUGAACAAACCGACCUCCGACUUGCCUUACUGUCACUCAUUAUAUACAUAGAUAUAUGGCAAUGCAAACAUACUCAGGUUCGAGAAAUUUCUCACACCGAGCAUGCAAAGACGCCUUUUCCGAGCGGCGGCGAAGGUAUAGUAGAUUUGUAGAUUCUUAAAGCAGUAAAGUAGAAGCACCCGGUUAGUUUUCCCUCGUAGUAAACCUUAGACUUCCACCCUUCAUGACCAUAUUGUUGCUUGCGGAAUAAAUAUUCAAAACAAGACGUAGGAGUUCUCAGGUCAGUCUCAGGCUGAGUAUUCCAAAAGAGUCUGAUUUUUUUUGACAGGCGCAACCGCAACCUGCACAACCAUCGGCUCCCAACAGACCAGAUCAAGCGACCGCUGCUGCUCAGGGCCACCAGAUAGCGGGCGCCGACGCGGUAGAUGAAGACGGUACCACGCCGGUCGAACCUGCCGCCAAUACGCGAAAGCGGAGCAAUAGCGACUCAUCCACCGGAACGGUGCAACUCUACGCCCGUCUCAGCGUGGUCAGCAGUACCGAAUAAACUCUUUGUAGUUAAGAAAGACGGACAACUACUUAAUUAUAAUAAAUGAUAAAUAUAAUUAACGAUUCGACAUGAUUCUGGUCUACCCAUAAUUGAUUUCAUAUGAUUUUUUUUCUUUUCGUCCCACCCCGCAAUUUAGUGCAUGGUUUCGUGGUACUAGUCGUAAACAGUAUCUGAAUAAAUAACGAAUUUUGAUGUCUCAAAGUAGUGAUACUUUCAUCCAUGGUGAUGCUAUUAAUAUGUGGUGCUGAAGCUUACGGUUGAGAGUACAGUUAUGACCCUCUUUCAGGUCCGAAUCGUGGAAAGCCGGCAACACGGGCCACAGCCAGUGGAAGCGCUACUGCAUCCGACUGUAAAGAAAGCCAUGCUGUGCAGCCUCCAGAAAGCGCACCCUCACCCAAAUAUCCAGCAGCUCCUCGAGAGGGCCAGAGACGGGCUACCCUGGUGGUCGCAUCGCGAGAUCAGCAAGCCGCGUCGGGUGAAGUUGGUCGGGCUGUACUAGCUGGAGCCUUCGCGUGGAGCGACAGCAGUACUGACCUCCUGCAGCCAGCAAAGGACUGCACCAAUGGGUUCCAGGUCGUGGCGGUCCUGCAUCGCCUCCGAACGAGCCUAAAGAAUUACGAACAAAAGAUCAACACGCUCAAGCAGAGGCUGCUACACCGGGAACGCGGUACUUACUCCGUGGUGUAUCCACCUAGGGAAGAUUUUUUGAAGGCGUAUACGACCAUUACCAUAUACAUAGAUACAUAGCAAAUAUUUCGAAUUGUUGAACUUGAAGGUCCUGAACUUGGUAAUGAUUAUGCUUCACUUAAUUAUACAACUCGGCGUUGCUGCUGUACAACUGCUAGUUUUCAGAGUCUCUCUCUUCAUCUCGUUUUUCGAUGGAUAAGGUACAACGCCAGCGACGACCCAGUCGUCCACUGUGUCUCCCCGACUAGCCGACACUGGUUCGACCGUUGUUUCAAGCCUGAAACUCCCUGGAUCAUCAUCUGGCACUGGGCUUCUCAGUGAUAAAGCGCUAAAAGCAGGGGUGCUCAGUGCUGUCGUUAGUCUGCCAUCGACAUCCAAGAGCAAUUCUGUAUCGCCUGCUGCGAGCAGCUGUGUCUUAACAGAGGUAGGAGCUGCAACAUCAUCAUCGAGCAGUCGCUCCCUCUUCACAGCAGCAAGCAGGCUGCAGAAAACAGCACAAAAAAUUCGGAAAACGCAACACAUGAUUUUACGGACAAUUUUGUUCAUCGUUUCAUCUGUACUAGGUAUCAUGCAACUAUCUGAUAUAAAAAGUUCAAGUUGUCCUUCAUGCUUGAUUUUUUAUUUGCGUAUCGUCAUGAUGUCGAUGGUUUUUAACCCAUCAAGAUGCUGCAUCAAUGUAUCCAUUAGAACGAAGUAAGCCGAUGUUGAUUGUUGAAGGAGAAACUCUAUCUUUUUUAUGUUAUGGCCAUCUAAGUAUCUAAUUCCACCUCUCCUAGAGAAGAUUCAAGACGGGGGCCAGCCUCAGGGGCCUUUAGGUGCCAUGAACAAAGGAUUUUCACAAGGAGCAGGAGGAGCAGACUCAUCUCGCACGAGCAGCUCGUCGCCUGCGAGUACCUCUGCUGCGAGCAUAUCACGAGAAGCGAAUAUGCUAGUUUAUCAGCUCGAUCGAUUGCGGGACCGGUUGCAGCAGUGUCGCCGUGAGGUAGUGUGUCCGCGAUUUGCUGGGUGUCAGACCGUUUUGCGCGAGGUAGACUCAUUAGCUACGACAUUGGACUACAGCGUCUCACGCUGUAAAGGAUGUCUAGUGGCGCUCGCAGUGGAACAUUUGCGUUUACUACCUGCAGUCCACCUCUUUUCGGCCGUGCUAGAAGAAAAUACUACCGAUACUAUUUGUAGGAAGCCUCCAGAACCAGAUGGCGGAGACGCGGCUCAAGCAGAGGAUUGUGAGGCGAGGCGCGCUCGUUCUUCAGUGGGGAGAGUAUCAGAUGGCGCUAAGACGAUGACGAAAGAGAUACGGCCCCCAGCGCCUUUAACCCUAGGAGGAAGACGGUAACCUCUCUUUUCCUAUAAUACUUAUGUUGUUGAGCAACUACAAAAUGGACACCAAGUACAACUGGAGGCUGUUAUUAUACUUUCAUAUUUCAUCUCCUAACAGCUUGAGAAAGAGAAUAUGAUGCAACGUACUUCUUCAGUUUUGUGACUUGUUGUUGUUCCUUUAUGGAUGUAUAUUUAUGAUACAUAUCUGCAUCCAUGUGGCCUCCGCCUCAACAUCAUCCCACACACAUACUCUUUUCUCAUAGACCUACCCGAUUCAGGCUCAGUAUCUUUUUAUGUCCGAAUCCGAGCAGUAAUUUUCCGAUGUUCGUCCCGGGGAUCGACGCUGAGGUGCGAGGCAAACGUGGCAAUUUUGUUCUCCAGCGCUCUUCAGCCGCAGCGAAAAACUCUAUUUUGGGCGGGCUCGAUGUUCGAUGCUCUGCAGCCUCGACUGACGCUGCGAUGCCUCCCACAGUUUUUGCCAGCAUCAAAAAAGACCAAAUAAUGUUAUGUUGGAAAUCGAUACAACUACUUACCGUCUUUGAACUAUAAGAGCAUUUAGCAGAAAAUAUUCGCAGAAGUGAUCGGGGAAAUCCAGUCAGAUAAGAGGUCGUAGUAGAAGAUGGGUUCCACCUGUCCUCUUCGUGUAGCUGUUGAGCUCUUGAUCUUGUAUAACCACGAGGGUCAAAUGAACCAGAAGAGGGUCCUCGUAGAAGAUAAUGCAUUUAUAGUUCAAAAUGAAAGAACAUGCAUCAAAAAAUGGCCUCCCAGAAGCAGACAAAGGCGGAGCACUCCUCUGCACAGAAGCACUCAGCUUCUUUCUUUUGAGUAAAAUAGUUUCUUGAAUUCUAAAUCUAAGGCCAAUGAGAUUAUAGUUCAAAGACGGUAAGCUAGGACUGAUUUCCGCCAUUGUUGUUCUAAUAGUUGACGCAGUCGGGUCGCCGAUAUACGAGGUGUUCAGUGGCAUAGACGAGGAGCAAAAAUUCCCGUACCACUGCAAGUUUCAGACAGCCGAUGGUGCGCGAAAUUCAGUGCUCAUCAUAGGCUUCGACUUCGAAGUCGCGCUCGCAGCAAAUCCUGAGCAAGACUCCAAUGUCAACCAGCGUAGCCGCAGCACGGCUGGAGGAGCGUUCACCGGCAACAAGUUUGGUGAAGUCUAUAAUAUGUUUGGGGAAGUUGUGGCAGACCUGCUCAUGGACCGCACACAGAACCAAUUACAUUGUCAGUUCACGAGUGACUGUAACCAUAUCGACGCGGGUUUAGUUCUCAUGGCGACCAUCCUCAUCGGCUCUUCCGUUCCGAGGACAAAAAGACGGUAGCAAUAACGAUGAGGGGGCCACGAUAUUUCUACACUUUACUUAGCUUGACGCCAGCUCUGCAACUGCAACGCGAAGACCAUUCUUGAUCGAGUCUAGAUCAAGGAAAAAUAUGAAGAUGACUUUUCGUGGGUGUUUCUUUGUAGAAGUGAGCCAGUUCCAUACCAGCAUUUAGAGACUAUUGCUGUCAAUGAGUCCUUAUUUGUCUAGUACAACAUCCAAGUCCUCCUUUCUGUAGAGGACUUGAUGUAUCACGAUGCGGUCGCGCCACGACCUGCUUGUCAUCUUCACAAAUUUGAGUUUGAGUUGUAUUAGUCCGCUUCUAGAACUAGAUUUUACCAAAUUAGUUGUGAUUAGUGGUAGUCAUCGUCUACUACAAAAUCGAAUUUCAUUGAAUCCUUCGCACAUUCCUCGACUUUGCCUUUUGAGUGGUUGAUUGAUGCACACGCCUUCUCAUGACGUAAGAAUCUUCGAAGCAAUAACCCGAGGUCCACCAGGAUGACGUGCACGACAAGCUACGACAAUGACAGACAGCGAAAUUUUUUAUGCUGAGAGACGAAAUCAUUUUAGUUCCUUCAUCAAUUAUAUCGCGGCUCCUUGAGAGUGGCUUGUCAACAUUCAUACAUCAUACUACUUGUUAAGAAGAGAUAAAGAUGAAAAGUGAAAGCUACACAGUCUACACAGUGGGAUUAUGGGCAUGAAAAUGCAGUUCCGGAUUGAACAUUGAUGUGACGCAAUUUUUGAGCGAGCCGAACUUCUAUAAGUACGCAUCUUCAUCUUCUGGAGCAACC